GCAUGUGUAAGCAGUACAGUCAUACCAGAACAAAGGAAGAAGAUUCCAAAAUUUGAUAGUGGCAUUGGUGAUGAAACUGAAAAUGGGAAAGGUUUGAGUUCUGAUUCUGAUCGAGAUGCAGGAGCAUCUAUGGAAGUGGAUUCAGAUUCAGACUUUUCAGACCCACUCCCUUCUGCUGGGAAGAGGAGUCAUAGAUCACAAAAUAGUGGUGAAAAGACCUCUUCUCGGGUGAAAGAGUUCCCUCGUAACUCAUUUGAGGUACUUCACAAGUUAUCUUCAGAACGCCGGGCUAAGGUAUUGAUGCGGAAGAGACUUGGAAUUGCAGCUGAUGAGGAAAGUGAUGAAAAGUCUGAAGAAGAGAUGCAAGAGGGUCCUGCCAGUAAUAAUAUGGAGGUCCAUGAUACAUCUAUGUCGGAAACUGGUUCCUAUACCACUUACAUGAGAAGUAAAAUUCAGGCCCUCCCACUCCCUCCAAAUCUAAAGGUAUAUAUCAACUUAUACCGUGAGUUCUGAAUUCUUUUUAUAUUGUGAUGAAGAGUCAAGACUCUUAUGCCUGUCAGCUGUGAAACUAAUGUUGUAAAACAAAAAUUACUACCAUAGUUGUCAAGCUGUCAAACCCAAUUGAGAUUUUAUCUUAUAUAAAUACAGGAUGGUAAGAUUCCUUCAGAUUUUAGCCCUUGGUAGAUUGUAGCUUCCAGUAAAGUGUUAGGGUAGUUUGAAUUGAUAGGAAUGUCAGAAGAAAAUGUUUAUUGUAUAUGACUGUUGUUACAUGUUAGACUUCCUAUGUAAAAUGCUGAAGGGCACUGUGAUUAUUAGUGAAAAAUGUAUAAAAUGUAAAUAUGAAUUCCAUAAUAAGAAACUUUUGAUUUACAGUGUGUUUGGCAGUUUACAAAUGUACCAUUUACAGAUGAGAAUUGAUUUUAACUAUUCUCAAAGGGUUGAUUUAGACAUUUCCUCAAGGUUGAAGUGAAAUUACUACAUGUUCUGAAAAAUAUCGAAGUUAUUGUAUUUAAGCUGUUUUUAUUGAUUUCUAAAAUUGUUUAUACACAAGACAAAUUGUUUGCUUUAUAAAUUUAUGAGUAUGGAUUUA